AUGAUUUUUAACGCUCUCUCUCUUUGCAUUAUUGCCAUCGCAACUACAGUAUCUGCACAACAUGGACCUGUCUCUUGCGAUUCCACAUGCUACUGGGCCGGGUAUCUCUGGUAUCAUAAUAACGGGUUUGACAUUUUGACAAGUUCCGGAAGCGUGAAUGAGACAAUUAAACACAGUGUUUGCACAACUACAUUCACCAAUCAAGCCAUUUCUUGUGGUAACAGUUCAUACUGCGACAUUUCAGCCCGUGAGAGCUCUUCAUACUUAAAGCAGACUGCAGAUGUGUGCGGGUUCAAUUUUGACACAAGCGACUUUGGCGACAGCACCGGAUUUUGGAUAGAAGAUGAUUACUGCGCCAGUGCUUGUGGAUACAUUGAAAAUCUGUAUACAAACUGUACUACCACAGAAGGAAAGAUUUUAAAUGAGUGUUUGUGUCUGUCAUCCACGAACUGGGCCAGUUUGUGUGGAUCGGAAGUGUGCAGUUCUGCUCGUCAAAACUACUUGACAGGUAUUGAGGCAGCCUAUGAUUACUGCAAUUGGACUUUGGAAGCAGAUGCAGUUGUUUCAUCGGGGUCUUCAGUUGCAACUUCUGCAGUUUCUUCUACAAGCAUAAUCGCAACCUCUUCCCAGGUCGUUACUAGCUCUUUAGCUUCUUCUGAAAUUACAAGUUCAUUGGCCUCUUCUCUCGAAUCUUCAAGCAUAUUAGCUUCUUCUUCUUCUUCAGAAAUCCCAAGUACGCAGGAGACUAAUUCUGUGGAAUUUAUAAGCUCAGCGGAAACUUCUUCUACAAAGCCUUCUACUACUACAGCAACUUUGUCUGCUACAACCACAUCUGUUGAGUCUAAAGAAUCCUCGACAAGUUCAGUCUCCACACAACGACCAACAAACGGCACAUCAGUGACUACUGCUGUCCCAACUACCUCACAAACCACAAGCGUUGUUAGCUCAAAUGAAGCAUCGGUGGCUUUGGUCAAAUCCACACCUGCUCUUAUUUUGGGGCUAGCUUUGGGAUUACUGAUGGCUUAG